GAGAGAUUUUUCAUUUCAUUUCAUUUUCAGAUGGAUGAAUAGAUAUAGAUACAGAAGAGAGAGAGAGAGAGGUGGUGGGUGUGAAUAUGGUAUAGGGCCUGAGACCCCUGAAAGGGCAUGGAAGUGCUGGCCAUGCUGAGGCAACUCAUUGGACAAGUUAAACAACUCUUACAACAACAAAAUACACACUCUCCUUCUUCUUCCUCCUCCUCUUCUUCUUCUUCUAACUUCUCUUUUCCUCUUCAAUCGCCACCGCUUUUACACCUCCCAAGGUGUUAUGUUCUGAAUCUUGAUGACAGUUCUGCUGAAGACANAGACGGUUGCUACAAUAUCAUUAUGACUGCUGGAAAAUCUGAAAAUCUCAAGAUGUUGGAACCUGGCAAGCCUCCACCAAAAAAGAAAGCUCGGAAGGAGAGGAAUCGAGGAAAAGUGACUGGAACUUCAUGCUCCAUAGAGAAUUUGGAUCCGCAAAUAUGGAAAGAAUUUCCUGAAGACUUAUUUGAAGCUGUUAUUGCAAGACUACCAAUUGCCACUUUUUUCCGCUUCAGAUCUGUCUGCCGCAAAUGGAACUCAAUGCUGAUGUCCCAAAGUUUUUCUGAACAGUGCACCCAAGUUCCUCAACCACAACCGUGGUUCUACACCAUUACUCAUGAAAAUGUGAAUACUGGAGCCAUGUACGACCCUACGUUGAAGAAAUGGCACCAUCCUACUAUACCUGCACUGCCGACCAAGUUGAUAGUCUUGCCAGUUGCUUCUGCAGGAGGUCUUGUCUGUUUCCUUGAUAUUGGACAUAGGAGCUUCUACGUAUGCAACCCUCUUACUAGGUCCUUUAAAGAGUUACCAGCCAGAUCUGUUAAGGUGUGGUCUCGUGUGGCAGUAGGGAUGACAUUGAGUGGGAAAUCAGCUUACAGUAUCCUUUGGGUUGGUUGUGAUGGUGAAUUUGAAGUUUACGACUCCAGAAAGAACUCUUGGACUCGUCCAGGAUCUAUGUCCUCAAAUGUUAAGCUUCCUAUGGCACUCAACUUCAAGUCGCAGACAGUCACCAUCGGUAAUAAAUUUUACUUUAUGCGCUCAGAGCCUGAUGGAAUCGUGUCCUAUGACAUGGUUACUGGGAUCUGGAAGCAGUUCAUUAUCCCUGCACCCCUACAUCUGAGUGAUCAUACACUAGCAGAAUGUGGGGGCCGCAUAAUGCUUGUCGGGCUGCUGACAAAGAAUGCAGCCACUUGCGUGUGCAUAUGGGAACUGCAAAAGAUGACUCUUUUGUGGAAGGAGGUUGACAGAAUGCCAAAUAUAUGGUGCUUGGAGUUUUAUGGAAAGCACGUUCGGAUGACUUGCUUGGGUAACAAAGGUUUGCUCAUGCUAUCUUUAAGAUCAAGACAAAUGAACCGGCUAGUAACGUAUGAUUUCUCAACCGGAGAAUGGAUGAAGGUCCCCGGUUGCGUGUUGCCCCGUGGGAGAAAGAGGCAAUGGAUCGCGUGCGGGACUGCUUUUCACCCCCGUCUUACAGCUUUGGCUUAACUUGGGAUGCCCAGUAAAUUUCUAGUCACAGCAGAGUGCGAUUUAUUAUAUCAUGUGGUUUUAGCUUUUCCCAUCAUAAUCUGCAGCCUAGUGUUCUCUUUGCUGAAUUUAUUACCACUCUCUUGUAUAAACAUCUAGUUGUUAAGCUUUUCAUUCCAGAGGACUAAUCUACGACUACUUAUUAUUACAUUAAAACGUACAACCUCUCAGAAUUUGAGAAUUUGUUGUGUUUAUGUAUCGGAAAAUUUGUUUCUACCUUUUCUAUUG